GCUCGGAGGCACAUCACCGUUUAUUCAUCCGGCAUUGCCUUGCAUCGGUGGAAGGUGGAUUUUCGAGCCAAGUCAAGUUUGCGAAAUGUUUCGCGUGGUCGUGUAUGAGGAAGUAAAUUUUGGCAUUAAUUGAUACUUCGAACAAUCGGACGGUCGCGAAUGGUUAUUGCAAUUGUACGAACAGGCAGCAGUGGUGAGGUUUAGUACAGUGCAGUGCAGUGCAGCAUUAUCUCAUCAAGCUUACAAGACUGGUAGUGUGACUUGCAUACCAAAGGCCCCCUCAGCACGGCUUGGCAGGCAAAAGUGACUGUUGCAAAAAUAUACACAUGUUCGAAUGCAUUCGGCUAGAAAAAAUAAGCGCAUAGUACCUUGUAGCAGUUCGGGGCUCGGUUUGCAUCAAACCAUUUUAUGGCGAUACUGAGAAUAGUAUUUUGUGGCUUUUCGUGUUGCUACUUCUUACGGAGUGCUUUGGUUCACCGUGUUACAGCAACGGCACCUGCUCAGUUUAGUCCGCGUGUGUCGAAAUUAAGCUGAUGUUAGUUAGUCGAUCGCUGCGGUUUGCCAAGAAUAGAUGCUCAUUCGGUGUGAUUUAGAACUUUAGGAACGUGAUAUUUUUGCGAACCCGAUUCUUGCUGGCAACGUUGAGUGAACAUGAAGAAAUUUGUGAUAAUUAUCAGUGUCAUCCUAGUGCUAAGCACCGUUCCAACGCCACCGGUCGAAGCCACUGUUGUGCGGUUAUUUACCGAGCUGCUGCAGAAUAACGUGGCCGGCAUUCCAUUGAUUCACAAAACCGAGGAGUUCGAUUUCGAUCCGGAAAUUAGCAAAAAGCGUCGUGAACUAUAUUAUGAGCAACAUGGUUACCGAGGCGAGAAGGCCAUCCAACGAGUGGGGCUGGGAAUCGAUGGCAAACACAGGGAACGAAUGGAACACCAACGACUAAGGGACGAAGGACAUCUGAACGGAUUGAAUGAUCUGCAGCCCUAGGGCGCUAGGUUCGACUACAAUUGGAACCUGUUAUUGAGCUUGUUGUGAACGAGCUGUCGUGAGACUGAUUGGAGGUGCAAUAUAGUUUUGAAAAUUGAAAAUGUUUAUCAACAAAGCUUUAUCGGAGUUGGCUAACGUUUAUGGUCGUCAUGUACACCGUGAAAGUUACUUCGCUUCAUUUUGAAUCAUUCGUUGCGUAAUAUUAACAAUAAUAAUAACAAAACAAAACUUAAAGUGGUGAUGUUUUACAUAAAAUAUCAAAUGCUGUGAGAUUAA